AUGGUGACGCUGCUGCGCGGGACCCUGCGUCCCCUCCGUCUGUUCCGAGCUCUCCCGGGCCCUGCUGCAGAUGCGCCCCUCCGAACGGCCAGCCAUGGCGCCGGCUUGCUCUACCCGGAACACAUCCCCACGUCCCUGCUGCAGAAGGUGCUGCUGACCGCCGGCUCUGCGGGCAUGGCCCUCUACAACCCGUACCGCCACGACAUGGUUGCAGUGCUAGGGGAGACCACAGGAUGUUAUGCCCUGAAGGUCCUCAGGGACCAGAUGAAGAGGGACUCAGAGGGCGCCCAGAUCCUGCAGGAGCGUCCCCGGAUCUCUCUGUCCACCCUUGACCUGGACAAGCUCCAGAGCCUGCCUGAGGGCUCCCUCGGCCGCGAGUAUCUCCGUUUCCUGGAUGUGAAUAGGGUCUCCCCAGAUACCCGGGCACCCACCCGAUUCGUGGACGAUGAGGAGCUGGCGUACGUGAUCCAGCGGUACCGAGAGGUGCACGACAUGCUUCACACCUUGCUGGGGAUGCCCACCAACAUCCUGGGGGAGAUCGUGGUGAAGUGGUUUGAGGCUGUGCAGACCGGCUUGCCCAUGUGCAUCCUGGGCGCGCUCUUUGGACCAAUCCGACUCAGUGUCCAGCAACUGCAGGUGCUGUACUCGGAGCUGGUCCCAUGGGCAGUGGAGAACGGGCGCAGGGCCCCGUGUGUCCUCAACCUGUACUACGAGCGGCGCUGGGAGCAGCCCCUGAGGGCUCUGCGAGAGGAGUUGGGCAUCACGGAUCCCCCCAUGCACAUCCAGCCCUAG